AUGGAGCCUUCCAAUAAGCUUAGAAGCAUGAAUCCUUCUCGAAUGAGACGAGAAACAUACAUUCAUGUUUCAUGUGGUGAAGUGUUGAAAGUCCAACCGAAGACCAUUGUACACACUCGUGUGCAUAAAGAAGAAAAUGAUGAAAGCAUAAGCUCAAGUGACGACGUACCACCAACUACUCAGGGCGAGGUGGAAUCGUCGUUCCAUAUCACUUUAUGCUACAAGACCCCGAUCGAGGGGGAAAAUGCAGAGGAGGCACCCCAUGAGUUAGAAGAAGGCGCACUUCUCUCCGAUGAAGAUGAAGAAACCUAUAUCACAUUGCUAAGGGAAUACAUUGAUGUUUUUGCAUGGGCAUACAAAGAGAUGCCAGGGUUAGACCCAAAGGUAUCUGUGCACCGCUUGGCAGUGAAAAGGGGGUGCCGUCCAGUCAAACGAGCUCAUCAGCGCUUUCGUCCCGUGCUCAUUCCCUCGAUUGAAAUAGAAGUCAACAAGCUUAUAGAGGCUGGCUUCAUUCAUGAAGUUAAAUAUCCAACCUGGAUAUCCAGCAUUGUGCCCGUGCGCAAGAAGAACGGCCAGAUCCACGUCUGCGUAGACUUUUGGGAUCUAAAUGUUGCAUGCCCGAAAGAUGACUUCCCACUUCUUAUCACAGAGUUAAUGAUAGAUGUCGUAACUGGACAUGAGAUCAUGUCAUUCAUGGAUGGAUCCUCCGGUUAUAAUCAAAUUCGCAUGGCGCCGGAAGACGAAGAGUUGACAACAUUCCGAAUGCCAAAAGGCAUCUACUGUUACAAAGUAGGGUUGGAAAAAUGCAGGUUCAUAUCAAACCUAGCAGGAAGAUGCCAACAUUUUAGUCGGUUGAAGAAGAAGGGUAUCCCGUUCAUAUGGGAUGAAGCAUGCAAGAACGCAUUUGAGAGUAUCAAGUCAUACUUGAUGAAACCGCAUGUGCGAAUCGCUCCUGUUCACGGACGCCCACUAAUCCUCUAUAUCUCCACCCAAGACAGCUUUGUGGGCGCCUUGCUUGCUCAGGAAAAUGACAAGGGGAAAGAGAAUGCCCUCUACUAUCUUAGUAAAAUGAUGACCCCGAACGAGUUAAAGUACUCCCCAACUGAAAAGCUAUGUUUGGCACUUAUGCUCGCGAUAAAAAAACUUAAGCACUACUUUGAGGCUCAUACCAUCCGGCUUGUUUCCAAAGCGAACCCGGUGAAGUAUGUUAUGGCGAAGGGGCAAGCCUUACCUGAUUUCCUAGUAGAUCACCAAAUACCUGCUGAAUGGGAAUUAUCUUACGAUUUGCCCGAUGAAGAUGUGCUUGUCAUUGAGGUCUUACCCCCAUGGAAAAUGUAUUUUGAUGGUGCUUCGCAUAGAGAAGGGGCAGGAGUUGGAAUUGUCUUUGUCACUCCAGAAGGUGCAGUGUUGUCAUAUUCAUUCACCUUGACAGAACAAUGUUCAAACAACGUUGCUGAGUAUCAAGCAUUGAUACUUGGGCUUGAAAUAGCGGCUAACAUGAAACAACUGAGAAUUAACAUUUAUGGAGAUUCAAAGUUGACCAUAAACCAAGUGUUAGGUCUAUAUGAAGUGAAAAAGGUUGAGUUAGUCCCAUAUAACAACUAUGGAAGGAUACUCAUGCAAUGGUUAUGGGACAUCACAAUUGAACAUGUACCAAGGAAAGAAAACAAGCAGGCUGACCCCUUAGCCGCAUUGGCUUCAACUAUUGCUCAUCCUGCCACCCGAGUACAAGUAUGUCAAAGGUGGAUAGUUCUGCCAACCUUCAAUGAAGACGGCUCAGUUGAUGAAAUUGUUGAACUCCCUACUGCAUCAGUUUAUGAUAUAGGCAAGGACGACUGGAGGCAACCACUGAUUGACUACAUCAUCGAUGGAAAGUUACCCGAAGAUCCGCGUAAGAGGGUGGAUAUAAAGCGUCGAGCUCCUCGCUUCAUCUACUAUAAAGACACGUUGUAUCAUCGUUCCUUUGAUAGAGUGUUUCUCCGAUGCCUAGGGGAAGAGGAAGCUUUACAAGCUAUGCAAGAAGCUCAUUCUGGGGUAUCAAGCUUGUCAAUAUCAUGCAAACUUUAUCCAUCAGCCACCGGAACCUUACACCCAACAAUUGCAUCUUGGCCAUUUGACGCUUGGGGACUUGAUGUGGUUGGCUCAAUUACACUUAAGUCAUCUGCAGGGCAUGCAUACAUAUUAGCUGCCACUGAUUACUUUUCAAAGUGGGCAGAGGUCGUCGCAUUGAAGAAGGUGAAGAAAGAAAAUGUUGCAGACUUUCUCCGUAUCCACAUCAUCUAUCGAUUUCGUAUCCCACGAUAUAUCCUAACAGAUAAUGGGAAACCUUUUGACAACAAGUUGAUGGAUAAGAUCUGCAAGCUUUUUGAGUUUAAGCAGCGAAAUUCAUCAGCUUACUAUGCAGCUGCGAAUGGGCUUGCUGAAGCUUUUAACAAGACCCUACGGUACAAUGAUUUCGAACUUCUUUAA